UCGCGAAUCGUGAGGCGUUAGUGUUGCGCCAGCCAUCGUAAGCGAUGGAGGAGGAACUACGGUGUCCCGUGUGUGUGAAUAUCUUCACUGAGCCAGUGCUCCUGCCCUGUUUACACGCCUUAUGUUUGAAGUGUGCAUGUAGUAUACAGCGAAGCGUGCAGGCCUUGCUGGCCGAGCCUGUAGCAGGCCAACAGGCAGGGCCCCCGGGCCAUGACCCAGACCCUCCUGACGGAGGCGCUGACAGUGAUAAAGCCUCCGUGUACAGUGAGACUGACAGCGGCGUGGUGGUGGCCUCACGCCCCACCUCCUACGUCAGUAGCCCGGAGACCACCGUCACUUGUGAAAACAGUGAGGGGCAACAGCAACAGCUGACGGGGCAGCAGCAGGGCGUCAGGUGCCCCGUCUGCCUCAAGGUGUCAGCUCUUGGCCCCGGGGCAGCGGCUGACUUGCCUCGCUAUACUGCUAUGACACGGAUCAUCGCCCGUCAGCGUGGCGACCCCGGGGUGGCUGAAGUGCCCCCGGUGGCCCUCCCCGGCAGUAGCGGCACACCCACCACACUGCCGCCCUGCCAGCUGUGUGAGGGCCCGCCCCGCCCCGCCACCACGGAGUGUCAACAGUGCCAGAUCCUGUACUGUGGGCCCUGCCUCACCUCCUGCCACCCCCCACGAGGGCCUCUCGCCACUCACACCCUGGGCCCUGUCACUCCCCUGGGGGGCCAGCUCGUCCCUGGUGCUUGCGAAGUGUGCGCGGUCCACGGGGAACGGCCCACCCUCUACUGCCUGGUGUGUCGGUGGUCCGGGUGCCGGGAGUGUGGCCCGGGCCACUCCCAACACGACCUACAGCCACUAGACAACCUCGCCAAAACACAUAAGGUAGGACAGUUGGGUGAUCACCUUCACAAAAUUAGUUGUCAUGAAAUCAAAUUUUUCGUAAAGGGGAACCUGUACGACCCAGACACAAACAGAGAAGGAAGUGGAUUACAGAUGGAUGAUAACGAAAACAGAGAAGGAAGUGGAUUACAGAUGGAUGAUAACGAAGACAGAGAAGGAAGUGGAUUACAGAUGGAUGAUAACGAAGACAGAGAAGGAAGUGGAUUACAGAUGGAUGAUAACGAAGACAGAGAAGGAAGUGGAUUACAGAUGGAUGAUAACGUAGGAAUAAUAGAGAAAUGGUGA